ACGUUCGAGUAGAGGGGACGUCUCAGCAUAAUUCAGUUAAAAAUCUAAAUGUGAAUGAUCAAUGAAUUUCCAGCAUCAACUGGAUGAGCAACUACACACAUCGGAAACUCUUUAGACGACCUCAAACAAACACAAAAGUUCUUGACUGUGAUGAUUCAACAUUGAAUAAGUGAUUAGUGUAUGUGAUAAUCUGCUGAAAUCUCGACAUUUUUUCGCCGGAACUUUAUGGCAGAAAUUAUGGACCUUGUUUGUUGCGAAAUUGCCGAGAAUAAUGAAAACAAAGCUUAUGAUGAUCCCGCAUUGCUUGAAGACAGGGUACUGCUCAACCUCCUCAAAACUGAGGAUAGAUAUGCGCUGGUUUGCACCUCUACAUUCAUCACUAUACAAUCUGAGGUCACCCAGCAGAUGAUGAAAGUUGUCUCAGAGUGGAUGAUGGAGGUUUGUGAAGAACAAAAGUGUCAAGAGGAUGUUUACUUAUUAGCAGUGAACUAUAUGUAUAGAUUUUUAACUUUGUGCAAUAUACGAAAGAAUCAGUUACAGUUGUUAGGUACGACGUGCAUGUUGUUGGCAUCGAAAUUACGUGAACCGUCACCAAUAGCAGCAGAGAUAUUAGUGUAUUAUACAGAUAACAGUAUCACAAAACAUGACCUGAUGAGGUGGGAAUUAUUAGUUCUAAGUAAGUUAAAGUGGAAUCUUUCUGCUGUCACCCCACUAGACUUCGUGAAACAUUUAUUGAUGCGGUUGCCAAUUCAAAGGACAGACAUCGACCCAGACAUGGUGAUGAACCAUGCCAAGACACUCAUAGGACUGUGCGCCAGCGAACAUAGGUUUAUGGCAUAUCAUCCCAGUAUGAUUGCUUCAGCUUGCAUCGCAUCAGCUCUUGUUGGAAUUAACUGGGAAAGGAGAAGUGGACAGUCAUUGGAUGAUCUACUUCAUUUACUCCAUAGAAUCACUAAAACAGAAGUGGAUUAUUUGGAAGAGUGCCUCAGCCAAGUAGAAGAAAUGGUGAGAAGGUCUUCCAUUUCGGUCGAUGUAUCAGCAGAAUCAACUUACUGCGAACCCAAAAGGCCAAGUGAAUUCACCCCUCCUCUCGAAAAAAUUCAACACAAGACUGCUCUUACACCUACAGAUGUUUAUGAUGUACGAUUCUAGCUCUUCAACUUUCUAGCCUAUUUCAAUAUCCAAAAAAAAACUCUUGAAAUUUCACGACGAAGAUGAAAAACUAUAGUUUGUUGCGGUUAACAGUUUCAAGAGUCCUAUCGAAUUAUUUUUAAUUUAGUUGAAAAGAUAAGGAAACCAAUGCUUCGGGGAAGGCUAUAUUAUACGCUUUUACGUAUCAUUUUGUAAAUAUUACAUAAAAUAACUUCAAGAAUUUCAUUCGAAUCGUAGUCGGUGUAGCUCGUGAAGAGCUUGGUGCAAAUUAAUAUAAUUGGAGUUGUAAAAAUUUGUAAAUAUGUAAUUAUUUCGCGGAUUUCAGAUACUUUUAUAUGUAAUGUUAUCAUUUAUUACGAAUAAAAAUAGUAUACAAACUUCUAAGUCGAUAAACCUAAGAAUUACUAGAACAUAAAAUUGAUCAAAGGCAUAUCAAGAUUCGAAAACAAAAAACAUUUGAACUUCUAACGAUUUUUUUCAUUUGGAUAAAUGUUCAUUCUAGUGGAAUUAUAUUAUUUGUAAAUAAUUUGGAAUUUGGAAGUUUUGAUCCAUUUCAACGGAUUCUGCAAAUGAGUUUAAUCGAAAUAUCCAGUUCAAUAUAAUGGGUGUAGCUUACUAACAUUUUAAUAUUUCUACCAAUUUUGUUGCUAUAAUAACAAUAAAAAGUCCAAAUGAGGCUUUAUGUCCUCAGUUUUAUAUUCUAGUUGAAAAUCCAUAACCGAUACACACAAUAGUCAGAAAUAUUGUUCCUAUUAGGAAAUUUAUCAGAUUGAUAAUGAUAUAAUUAUAGAAUGAUUAUUAUCUGAACAAUUUGGUUAUUCCUUAUGCAUUUUUAUUCGCGUUAACUGAAAGUCAUUAUUUUACGAUAUUUUGAACUGCACUAUUCUAAGUGAUUAUAUGAAUAUUUCGUUUCCUUAAUAUAGCCGAAAUCAUUUCGGAAAUUCGGAAAAUUGAAACGAUCUUGAUUAUAACAAAAUGUUUCUUUUAUUUUUUUUUUGACAUAUAUGUAGUCAAUUAAAGUUUUCACUGGCUGUGUUUUGAAUAUUCUAUCGAAUAUUCAGGAGUAUUUGGGAUACUGUAUGAUACAAAACCCUUGCUGAAAAAAAAUUGUAGUAUAUAUUUUCGAAACUUAACAAUAAUUUUUUAUCGCCACAAUACAUUUUUUCAUGAUUGACAAAUGAUUGUUAUGUAAAUUUGUGAUGUUUAUUUUCUUGCUAUCAAGAAAAAUUGUGAUUUUUAUAUAAGCGUUUACUAAAAAUUUUAUUUUAGAAUUAUCUUAUAAUAAUGUGAAUACUUGUAAAAUAUGUACAUUUCGAAAAGCCAUGUUUGUACCUAAAAUAUUUCCUAUAUUUGUAAAUAGAUUUGUAAUCAUAGUCAUUUGAAAUAAUUCUAUCGUUUUCCACUUCUAAAACUUGUUGUAAUAUACAGGCUGACCCACAUAAAACAGUCCAGCCAUUCGGAUAUUUAACUAUUAGUUCUUCUGGAAAACACCGAGACAGGUUAAUUUUAUUUAAUGGGGAACAUCUUAUAAUUGCAAAUGUGUUGGUUCACGAUCGUUGCCUUCAAAAGUUUCUAAAUUAUUUUAAUGAAUAUGCUGAAAAAUGUAUGGUUGUCGUGAUUUGAGAAAAUUGUUUUUCAUUUGCUUUAAAGUAGUAAGUGAUUUUUUAUGCAAUUUUUUUUAUUCCUCCAGAAUAUUUACGUAGAGAGAAGUUAUUAAAUAGAAAGAAAUAACACCUGAAAUGUAAGAAAAAAAAAUGAAUAAAAGCACAUUCACUAUUUAAAAAUUAACGAUACUUAAUCUUGUCAAGCAAUUGUUAAGAUAAAUUGCGAAAUUCGUACAAAAAUUCGAUUACUUACGCUCCUCACUCAUCUCUUCCGACUAUUAUUAUUAUUCCUUUCACACCGAAACGAAUACCGAAGAGAAAUUUUUGACAUAUUCAUAAAUAAAAUUGUAUUUCCUCAAAAAUUAUCGGUCUGCUACACCCUCAAGGAGAUUAUCGCACAGUGUAGGCACGUUGGUGAACGAAGUACACUUUCGAAUUUAUAUCACAAGAUCGAAAUUUAAAUCUGUGUCGAAAAAUUCAAAAUUAGGAAACUAUUUGGCUGGACUAAUUUAUGGCCUCCGUGUAUCAAUAUUACCUGAAUAUUUUUGUUAUAGGUAUUCUGUACUAUUUUAACCACAAUCACUGCCAUAUUUUUUGUAAUAACCAGAUCUUAAGAACACACUAGACUCCACUCGGCAAAAAAGCAUUGUCGAAUACCUUCAAACGAAAAUAACAUUUUUUAUAUGAACAUAUAAGGCGAUAUUCUCUAUUUGUACAAAUGUAAUUAUAAAUGAUCAAUAAAUGAAUAGAUUCAUAAAUUUAUGAAACAGUA